AUGGCUGAUUCCUACCCCAAAUCCUACGUCAAUGACUCCGACACGCUCUAUCUCUUUACCUCUCUGACUGCAGGCUCAUCCCACAUAAUCACAGCAACUUCGCGACUGGAAACAAUCCUAAAAGCCAACAAAGUCCUCUUUCGGGCCGUUGACGUUGCAACUGAUGAGGAAGCGCGCAGGCUGUGGGGUAGACGGUCAAGGGGGAAAAAGCUGCCAGGGCUGGUCAGGGACGGGAUGAUUGUUGGAGAUUUAGAAGAGAUUGAGGAGUGGAACGAAUAUGGUGAGCUCAAAAUGCGCCUUGGCAACGAGUCUUCGAUGUCCACAAGCAAGCCCAUCACACCGACUAUCACAUCUUUAUCUAAGUCAGACACCACACAACCCUCAAUCACUGCUGUUCCGACUUCACUUCCCGUUGAGCCCACUCCCUCACAUCAAUUCCAAAUGCAAGAGCUCCCGUCAAGGGUCCCGCUGCCAGAGGAUUCUAUCACGCUUGCUUUACGACAAGCCGGAGAAGAGGCGGCUUCAAAAGCUAAGGAAAACACACGAACAAAACUAGUCGCCAAUUCAGCCUCUGCAAAGACCCAGGAAACGAGCUCGGCCGUCUUAGAAAGGACAAAUCCCGAGACAUCAGAGCCUGAUGAGAAGAGAAACUCACAGCCCCCAGGGUCGCCAAUAAGUGCCCCUGAACGUAUAGAAGAAACAGAUGAAAGCAUCUCGCCUCACAGGCCCUCCCUCUCCGAGGUAGCCGCGACAUCAAGCGCCGACUUGAAGGCGAACUACCCUAAGGGAAUGGCCCCGCCGGAGCAUCAUCGUGGGACUGUGGUCUCUGUCACAUCACCCAGUGAACAAAAUCAACUUGUCAAGGAGCUUAGUACAUUGCAUCAAGGGGCUGUCCUCGGGAAUGAAGGGACAACUGGGAAGUCAGAUGCCGCCCCUGCAGUUGAACACGUCAAGGUGAAGGAGAGUUAUCCCGGAUAUAAAUCGGGUUUCCAUGCCUCGAGCGAGAAUGAAAGUAACACUGAUAAGAAGGAAGAUGAAGAAGUGACAGUCGCGGGAACAUCAAAAGACUGCGUUUGA